UCACUGGUGAUGAAACUGUGAUUUAUUUAGUCACUAGGUAGUGUUAACUAAUAAGACUGAAUUAUGAAGUAGCACUCUGGAGAAAAAUAAGCAAAUGUGAGACUUACAAAGUCUCAAAGGGGGAAAUGUUGAAGAUUUUUAUUAAUCAGUUUAUGACUUAAUCAAGUAUAAUCAAGGUGAAUCUAGCCAUUAAUACAACCAGUUAUUCUUCCAUUAUAAUCUAACACUGUGUGUAAAAAGAAAAAGCCUGCAUAGCAGAAAAUGGACAGACCCUGAGAUGGGAAACAUCUGGAAACCAUAACAAGUCUUGGGGGCCCCUUCUCUCUAGGGAGGAUCGAAUUGUUUGCAUAAAGGAAAACUCUAUGAAAUGUCCAGAACAUGCCUUCCACUGUGUAAACAGGAAAACUAUAUAUAAGGAGAAGCCGAAUAACAAUUGAGAUCCUUUCUACAGAGAGCUCUCGGCUUUGUUCUCAUUGAAACAAAGUCUAUCUUCUAGAAACAAAAUCCCAAGACUGAGUGUGAUACUUCAGAUCAGCGGCAGACGACACUACAAUAUAGAAAACGGUGAGAAAACUUGUGAUCCAGAAACCUGCAGAAUGGAGCAUGAAGAUACUGAACAACAAAAAGGUGUGUUUGGUGUUUACACAGAUGAAACCGAGACGAUAUCAGUGAUGGAAGGAGAUUCUGUCACUUUAAAUACAGAUGUUUCUGAAAUACUGACAGAUCAUCUGAUUCUGUGGACAUUUAGAGAUCAAAAUUCAGAGACUCGUUUAGCUGAAAUCUAUAAAAAGAUCAAAUCUGUAUAUGACAUUAAAGAGAACAAUGAGAGAUUCAGAGACAGACUGCAGAUCGAUGAGCAGACAGGAUCUCUGACCGUCACAAACAUUAACAAAUUACACUCGGGACUUUAUAAAGUACAGAUCAUCAAUGGAGAUGUGAAGCACAAGAGCUUCAGUGUUGCUGUCUAUGCUCCUCUGACUGUUCCUGUCAUCAGUGAUUCUCCUCGAAACCCUUCAGUAUCAGAAAGAUCCUCACAGCAGAAUUGUUCAUUGGUGUGUUCAGUGGUGAAUGUGGGUCAUGUGACUCUCUCCUGGUACAAAGGAAACAGUUUAUGGUCCAGCAUCAGUGUGUCUGAUCUCAACAAAACCAUCUCUCUACCUUUGGAGAUUGAGUGUCUGGAUGAUUCCUACAGCUGUGUUGUGGCUUAUUCGUUCACUAACCGGUCCUAUUCAUUCACACACCUCAACAUCACCGACCUCUGUGGGACAUGUCCAGGAGCCAGUCAAAGUUUAUUUCUCGCCCUUCCUAUAAUUUUUGUGCUGCUGUUGCUGCUAGUGGGCAUAGUUGUGUUGGUGUUUUGUCGGCGUAAAAAAUACAAACGAGCAAAACAAGAAGCUCAGACUCCUGAGGAAGACGUCAUUUAUACUGAUGCAACAUAAACCACACAAAGAGCUCCGGAUACAGGUGACUAAUGGACAAGAUCAGGCAGAGUAUUCAACAGUUGUUUUGAGAUAAUGAGCACACAGUCUGUUAUACAGCUUAGUCAUUAUAGGACAGACAAAGCAUGUUGGAGCACAUGUCAGUAUUUAACAAAGCUAAACUGCAGAUGCACUGCUGGCACUGUUCACUACAAGUGACUGUUGUUUCUAUAUUUCAUUUUAUAGGUAUUCUGAAACAACAGAAAAUUUGAUUUGGUGUCCAUUAUUUGAUGGUCUUGCAGCCAUGUGCAUGAGACGCCCCAUUGAUUUCUGAUUGCAGUCUUGCCUGCCCUGCACUUGCAUUGACUUUAUAAUAACUGAGUCAUGUCUAGACUUAAAUAGCACUGGUUUGCAUGUUUGGUAGGGGUGUAAUGAUUCACAAAAUUCACGGCUCAGUUCAAUACUACACAGUGGUGUCACUGUUCUGGGGUGCAUUUCCCAAAAGCAUAGUUGCUAACUAAGUUAACUUUGUUGGUUGCAAUUAAAUUUCCCAUUGCCAUCCAACUAGGUUAGCAACUAUGCUUUUGGGAAACACACCGCUGUACGUUUUAGAUACGGGUCGGGCAGGGGGUUAACUGGUUACUUUUCAAUGUUAGAAAUAUUUCAGUUUUAAACCAUGUCAAGCCAAUUGAUAUCACACACAAGCAACGUACAAACUUUGUGCAAAAGUUAUGCAGGUGAACGUCUUAAUCUCAGUCAAUUCGUUACAUUAAAAACUGCUGGGUUGAAAAAAAAAACAAUUUGGGUUGUUUUGGCAAACCAGCACUGGGUCAAAAAGGGACGAACCCAGCAAUGGGUUAUUUUAAUCAAACAAGCUGGGUUAUUAUGUUUAGCAUGCUGUGUUGCUUUUUCAUGGUUUAAAAUUACUACAUUGCUAGGCUAAAAUGAACCCAAAUCGAGCUAAGCAUUGUUCAUUUUAAAAUCACUACACACAAAGAAUAACUAUCAAAAGGUAAAUAUUAAUUAAAAACGAGAAAACAGUCAAAAAUGUACAUGCAUGUAAGAGGAAAUACAGAAACGUAUGGCAUUAACAGCCACAGAGAUUAUAAAUACAGCAUUGAACAUUUGUUGAAUAGAACUUUUAAGAUCAAAUUUCAUAUAAAUACAUUUUUAUAUAUAAAAUAUACAAAACCACAAUUAUACAAUAAUUGUAUAAUUAUUGUGUAAUUAUCAUAUAAUUAUUGUAUAAUUGUCAUAUAAUUAUUGUACAGUUAUCGUAUAUUUAUACAAUAAUUAUACAAUUAGUUAAGUUCAUUACAAACUGUUCUGGCAUGACAGUACACAAAUAAACCACAACAAUAACACUGAUAUUAUAACAUUUAACAGACACAUGUGUGACAAAGUGUAAACUC